AUGGAAGUAUUGAAUUUAGAAAUUGGAGGGGACACUGGUUUACGGUCAGUUUUGGGGGUGACCCGGGCAGAGAUGGUUGUCUCGGAGGGCUGAGAGCGGGGAUCCGGAGAAGCUCAGCGUGGGGUCCAAGGAGACUUUAAGAGUGCAGUCCUGAGAGACUCAGAGGCAGGGUUCUGAGAGGUUCAAGGAGAGAAAAAGAUUUGAGGGGAGUCAGGCUCGGGGCUAAAGGGCUCAGGACGCUGGAGUGAAAGGGGAUUGUGGAAGGGAAAUCUGAGGGGCUCCAGAGUGAGGUACCCAAGGAGGCUGAGGGUGGACAUGUCUGAGGAUGCUCAGAUUGGGGGACCAAGGAUGCUCAGAACGAGGGGUCUGAAAGGGCCUGAGGCCGGGGAAGGGCUCGUGGCGGGGCUGAGUGUUGUUAGAGAGCGGGGAUCGUGGUUGUGGGUGUGAAGAGGGGUCUCUUAAAUGAUUAAGGUGUUUAAAAGGGCUCUGGAGUGCAGGCCUGAUGGGUAAGUGUGGAGUUUUUGAGAAAGGCUCCUUGUGUGGGGCCAGAGUAUAUUCUCAGAGGAUUGAGAGGGAGGUUGUUAGUUUGAUGGGCCCUUGGUGGGCAAAGUUUUGGAGAAGUAGUCUGGGUGCUCACUGUGUUGGGGCAUGGAGCCUGGGGGCUCGCUGUGUGGCUUUUGAGACGCUGAGAACUCAGGUUUUAGAGACAGUGAAUUUCACUGCUGAGGACUGGGUACAAGGAGUUGGUGUCGAUGGAGGAACAGGACUCCAGGGUCCCAGCCCUGGAACCAUUCAGGGUGGAGCAGGCACCACCUGUAAUCUACUAUGUCCCUGAUUUCAUUUCCAAGGAAGAGGAGGAGUAUUUGCUUCGACAGGUUUUUAAUGCCCCAAAGCCAAAGUGGACCCAGCUCUCUGGGAGGAGGUUACAGAACUGGGGUGGGCUCCCCCAUCCUCGGGGAAUGGUUCCUGAGCGGCUACCCCCAUGGCUCCAGCGCUACGUGGACAAAGUAUCUGACCUCCGACUUUUUGGGGGUCUCCCAGCUAACCAUGUCCUUGUGAACCAGUAUCUGCCUGGGGAGGGCAUCAUGCCCCAUGAGGACGGACCACUGUACUACCCAACUGUCAGCACCAUCAGCCUGGGCUCCCACACUAUACUGGACCUCUACGAGCCACGGCAGCCAGAGGAUGAUGACCCUAUGGAACAGCCCCGGCCCCCACCCCAGCCCACUACCUCGUUGCUGCUGGAACCUCGAAGCCUGCUGGUGCUCCGUGGCACCGCCUACACGCGCCUCCUCCAUGGCAUCGCAGCCACCAGCAUAGAUGCACUCGAUUCCACCUCCUUGCCAUCCAAUGCAGCUGCCUGCCCAUUGGCAAGGCCUGGGGCUUGCCUGGUCCGCGGCACCAGGGUCUCCCUGACUAUACGCCGUGUACCCCGCGUGCUGCGCGCUGGCCUUCUGCUCAGCAAGUGACCACCAGGCUUCUGGCACCCAUUCGGAUUCCCGGGUUCCUGCCCACCUUGGGUCUGGCAUGCUGUGACCUUGGAACCCUGGGGUGGAGGCAGCUCCCUGCGUUAUUUAUUUUCUCAGUGUAACUUUGUGGGAACCAAGAAGAUCCCAUUCCAAAUAAACCAAAAAUAUCUUUCCUUGG